UACGAAAUCUCCAGCCAAUAGGAAGGGAGCUGUCACAGCAGCGGCUGUUGUCUUCCCGCUGAGGUGAUCUGUCGCAGAGCCGAAGGAGGUGCUUUUCUGCAGUGCGGCUCCUCCCCUCUGCUUGUGGCCUCUCUGAGGUUUGCGGUACUCUUGUGGCUUCCCGCAGAAUGUGGAUGACGCCCAAAAGGAGCAAGAUGGAAGUCGACGAAGCUCUUGUUUUCCGGCCCGAGUGGACCCAGCGUUACUUGGUGGUGGAGCCUCCGGAGGGCAACGGUGCUCUGUGUCUGGUGUGUCACCGCCUGGUCGCUUCUACCCGCGAACGCGAUGUCAGGCGCCACUACGAGGCAGAACACGAAUUCUACGAGCGGUAUGUGACGGAGGAGGAGCGCGCGGCCCUAGUGGAGCGUCUCCGUCAAGGCGAUUUGUCUAUCGCCGCCAUGCUCACUCCAGAGGAGAAAGCUGCGCGUGCAGGCCUCGGGCUCUGCCGCCUGUUGGCUUUGAAGGGCCGCGGCUGGGGUGAGGGGGACUUUGUGUACCAGUGCAUGGAGGUGUUUCUGAGAGAGGUACUGCCUGAUCACAUAGGCGUCCUGGAAGGGAUUGAUUUAUCUCCGGAGAUCACAAGGCAGAGAAUUCUGAGCAUUGACAAUAAUCUACGCAGUCAACUUUUUAAUCGAGCCAGGAGCUUUAAGGCCUAUUCCCUUGCUCUGGAUGACCAGGCUUUUGUGGCCUAUGAGAACUAUCUCCUCGUCUUUAUCCGUGGCGUGGACUCUGAUUUGGAGGUGCAAGAAGACCUUCUUACUAUAAUCAACCUGACUCAUCACUUCAGUGUUGGUGCGCUCAUGUCGGCAAUUCUAGAGGCCCUGCAGACAGCAGGGGUUAGCUUGCAGCGAAUGGUUGGACUGACUACGACUCACACUUUGAGGAUGAUUGGUGAGAAUUCCGGACUUGUCUCUUACAUGAGAGAAAAGGCUGUAAGCCCUAACUGUUGGAAUGUUAUCCACUAUUCAGGAUUUCUUCACUUGGAACUAUUGAGUUCUUAUGAUGUAGAUGUUAAUCAGAUCAUAAAUACCAUAUCCGAAUGGAUAGUCAUGAUUAAGACCAGAGGUGUUAGGCGACCCGAGUUUCAGCCUUUACUAACUGAGUCUGAAUCAGAGCAUGGCGAAAGGAUCAAUGGACGAUGUCUGAACAAUUGGCUUAGAAGAGGGAAAACUUUAAAAUUAAUAUUUUCACUAAGAAAGGAAAUAGAAGCAUUCUUGGUUUCAGUAGGGGCAACAACAGUCCAUUUCACAGACAAGCAGUGGCUUUGUGACUUUGGCUUCUUGGUGGAUAUUAUGGACCACCUUCGAGAACUCAGUGAAGAAUUGCAAAUUAGUGGAGUUUUUGCUGCUACUGCCUUUGACCAUAUUUGUACUUUUGAAGGUAAGCUGAAUUUGUUUCAGAGACAAAUUGAGGAACAAGAUUUAACAGACUUUCCUGCCUUCAGUGAAGUUGUUGAUGAGCUUAAACAACAAUUUAAGGAAGAUCAAAAAAUAUUUGAGCCUGACAGGUAUCAAAUGGUGAUCUGUCGUCUACAGAAAGAUUUUGAGAGACAUUUUAAGGACCUCAGAUUCAUUAAAAAGGACUUAGAACUUUUUGCAAAUCCAUUUAACUUUAAGCCUGAAUAUGCACCUAUUUCAGUAAGGGUGGAGCUAACAAAACUUCAGGCAAACACUAACCUUUGGAAUGAAUACAGAGUCAAAGACUUGGGCCAGUUCUAUGCUGGAUUGCCUGCUGAAUCUUACCCAAUUAUCAAAGGAGUUGCCUAUAAGGUGGCAUCCUUGUUUGAUAGUAACCAAAUCUGUGACAAGGCUUUUGGAUAUUUGACACGAAACCAACACACAUUGAGCCAGCCAUCGACAGAUGAGCAUCUUCAAGCCCUCUUUCGGGUUGCCACAACUGAAAUGGAUCCGCGUUGGGAUGAUCUUAUGAGAGAAAGAAUUGAAUCUAAUCCAUAAGUCUGUAGUACAGCACUGGAACAAGAAUUCAGUUCUAAAAGACAAAAAAAAUUUUUUUUUAAGUUUACUAGUUUGAAUUACUGGAAAACACCAAAUUUAUUACAAGACAUCGAAAUGGAUCAGAAUUCAAAUUCUUCCAACAGUUGCCUUUUUUUCAUCUCAUAUGGCGACAUAGGACUGAAACAUGAGAAUUCCACUUCUUUAAAAACUUAGCUUAAUGGUGUAGUCAUUGUCUUUUAAUUUUUAUGGUAUAAUAGAUUUUAACAAAGUUUAGUGUGAGUUGAAUUAGAAGUCUGUUUUUAAGGUGUUCUUAAGAGAUAUGCCAAAAAUUUUAGUUCUUUAAUAUAGUGUUAAAAUUCUGAUAAUCUAAAAUCGUCAACUCCUUAAGUGUAUUUGAAUCAAUUUACAAAAACUGAUAGCAGGUCACAAGUUUCUGAAAAAGAAAAGCAUAGGAACAUACAGUGGAGGUAUUUUUGUCUAACAAAAUGUUUGAGACUAUUUUUUUAAAGCAUUUCUGAGUCCAAAGCACAUAUUGACAGAUUUUCUCCCUCACCUUCUCCCCACCCACCCCACUGAUAUUAUUAGUAGGAAUUACUCCAGAUUUUAAUCGGAGAAGCAAAAAUUAUUUUUAAAUUGCUGAUUUAGAAGACUUUCUAUAGUUCGGGGUUUCCUAAAUUAUCACUAUUGGGAUUUCCCAUGAAUUUUUCACAACUAGGGGCUGUUUUAUCAGCUUGCUUUUUACAGGACUAUGGUAAGUAUAGAAUUUUAACCAUUGCCAGUUAGUAAUUCUCUUUUCUACCCUGGACAAAAGUUUCACUACCAAAAGGGUGAAGAAAAAGAUUUUUGCACUUCAGGAUCAGGAGGUGUGAGAUCUUUUUGUUUAUCUAUAUCUGCAUGGCCUUAUAAAGAAAUCUUGGGUAAAGGAAACACUUUAUUUUAAAAUGAUACAAUAUCAGAUUUUUUUUUUUUGGUACCGGUUAUCAAACUCGGGACCUUGCACUUGUGAAACAGGCGGCAGCACCACUGAGCUAAAUCCCCGGCCCCAAUAUCAGAUUUUGUUAGCUGCUGUACAGAUUUAUUCUGGAAUUUAAAACUGUUCCACACAUUCAAUAGUUAAGACAGUACACAAGUAGAAAUAUUUCAAAUCUCAAGAAGCAGCCUUAUUUACAGACUGUAGGAAUUCUGUAUUUCUAGUGAGACAUUGGCUUUGUGCCAUGACAUUUAAUAAUUUUCAGCGUAUGUUAGCUGUACAAAGUCCAAUAUGUGAAACUGCUUUAAAAAUAAUACCUAACUUGUAACUCAUAGAUUCUCAAGUACAAUUUGAAAACUUGUGCUACUAAGUCCUGUCUUACCUACUGUAGCACAUUAUUCUAUGGUCACUAAUCUGGUAAAUUUGCAGAACCGGGAUACAACUGAGAAUUUCGAAGGACCUAGUACCUAGGCAAUCUUGAGUAGAAGUUGUAAGAGCUUAAGGACCAAAGUUAAAUCAUGGUUCUCAACCAGAAGGUAGUAACCCUUGCAGUGGAUGCUGGGAAAUAUUUUUGGGCAUCUUACUGGUUGUCAUAUUUAAUGGGGUGUGUGUGUGUGUGCUGGUAUUUAAACCUAAUGAUUCCUUCCCCCUUGCAGUGCACAGGACAGCCUGGCAUGAUGAAGAAUUCUCUCUCCCAAAGUGCCAGUAGACCCCUCUCCCCAUGUACAUUAUCUUAUUUCAAGGGACAGGUCAAAUUACCAGUAGAAGAUAAUUGGAAGACAAAUUGGACAAAUCGAGGGAAUGCUUGAUAGGAAAGAUUAAUUCCAACAUUUCAAGGUUGGGUGGUAAGGUCAGUAAAGGCAUUGAUGGAUUCCAGGAGCUCACAAUAGUGUUUGUAAAUCAGUUUAAUAUUGAAUCAGAUUAAGGGGUUCUAUCACUUCUUGGCCUUUUGGCUAAGAUCAAGAUUAAGGGGCUCUGUCAUAAUUAGGGCAGAAAAAAUAAGUGUGGAGAAAGUAUGGUUUGGUCAGCAAAGAUUAAGAUUAAUUUUUCAGAUUAAAUAUCUGAAAAAACAACAUAGUGAAAAACUGAAAACAAAACAAAAAAUCUACCGGUAAUUUCCUGGUAACUUCAAGUAUUGUCUUUCAUAGCAAAUGCUUUAUUAGUUGAAAGAUUGGAAGACCUGGAAGCUGUUUCUGCUUUCUAGUCUUAGUUCCUCAGAUACUGAAAUCUUGUACAUUUUGUGAAGUUCUAGUAUGUUUUGCUUAAGAUGAUAUUAAAGUUAGUUUAUAUCAUCUAGUCAGUGUGUUGGGGGUGGGUGGGAAUAUAAGCCAAGGAUUUAAAACUUGAUCCUUGACACCAGGGGAUUUGCUAAAGCUAGUCUUGUUUGUAGAAAAAAAAAAGUGUAUUUUACUGUUUUCUGUAUAAAGUAAUUUUGUAGCUGCAUGCUAGUCUUUUUUCUUUUAAAUAUAUAGUUAUUGAUCCUAUUGUAUUGGUGAAUAUAGUUAAAAUAAGUACUAUUUUUGAAAACUCAAUGUCCUUAACAGCUACUUCCCCAUAUCUCCUAUUUCCACUAAUUGUCUUGAAAGAUUUGCUUUCCCUAUCUCCCAUAUUGCUACUCAAACUGUUCCACCAAACUCACUACUUGUCAAAAUUAUUGAAAUACUCUGUUACUUUAGUUUAGCUUUGAGGAGAUAAUCUCCUCCAGGCAUGCAUCCUCAUUCUUUGCAGGCCCCUUUUCCCUUAAGUAUCUGUCCUUAAGAUUUUACUUUAUUAAUUUUUUCAAGUCUGCCUAAUCAUUCUUGCUCUUAUCUACCUUGAAUUAUAUCCUUGGCUGAUCUCAUUUUCUCCUGUGGCUUCAGUUACCACCUAUAUGCAGAUGCUCCCAAAUUCAUAUCCCCUUUCUAGAUUUUUUUUCCUAAGUCAUAACUAAUUGCUAACAUAAAUCCACUUACGCUGUUUCACAGGCACUGCAACAUGCCAUUGAUCUUAUCCACAAACUUGCUUUUGCUCUCUUUUUUUCAUAGAUAGCUCUAUCACUACCAACCAUCCAAUUUCCUGUACCCAAGCAAAAAUUGAAUCUAGUCAUGUCACGCCACUGCUUUCACCAUUGUUAGUAGAGUGAAAUACAAAUUUCUGUUCAUCUUUCAAGUCUCUGUUUAUAUGCUACUUCGUCUAGGAAGCCUUCAUUGGUGCCUUCUGGACCAGGUGCCCCAUCUGUGCACUCCCUAUACUCCCUGUGCUUUCUUAGCCAUACACUUAGCACCUGUUACUGCUGCUUAUUGAUCAUUGCUAGAGUAAGCCUUAUAAGGGCAGGGACCAUAAUAAGUCUUGCUCACUGUUAAUGUCUCUAAUGCUUAGCACAAUGCCUGGCAUUUGAGUAAAUGUUUGGAUAAGUAAAUAUUUGUGUAGUGUUUUAUGAUCUUUGAAGCUCUUUUACAGUUUCAUUUGAUCUUUACAGUCAUCCUGUCUGUUCAUUGGAUAGCUCUUAGCCAUAUACUAUAAAUGAAGCAGUGAAGCUAAGUUCUUUGUGACUAGGAACCUUGUUAUUGUAUUCCCAGAAUUUAGUGCGGUGCUUAGCAUGUGAUUGGAAUAUUGUGAAUGUUGUUAAGGAAACAAACAGAUUGCUGCGUUCCCUAGCAAACCCAGUUGUAUUCACAUAAAUCUACUUUGUAAUAUUAAGUACAUUCAUGAUAUAAAGUAUUUUUUUUUAAUUUCCAAAGGAACCAACAUAUAUAGAGAAAAGAUUGGACAACUAUUUAAAUUAAACUAAGAUAAUACUUCAGUAAUUAAAACUCAGUAAUUAAAAUUCAGUUUUGGAGAAAGAAUGCCAUAUACAAGUUAAUAUCCAUUUUUCCUUUUGUAGGCAUCAAACCUAGGAGAAAACGGCAUGUUAUUUUCUUGUUACUUUGCUUUACAGCUGAUUUCCGACUCUUCUGGAAUUUAAAAGUAAGUAAAUUUAACAGAAUAUAAGAAGGAUGACAGGCCUUCAGGUUACUAGAUACUCGUUUCACUUGCUUUCCUACCUGCAGAAUGUCCUCAUCAUCUCCCCAAGGGAGAAACCCAAAUAUGAUAUCUAAUUAAUGUGUACUUUUAGAUUUGCUACAUUUCUUUGCUUUCUUCUUCCCAUGCCUCUUGGAAUUUAAUUUCUGCUUAACAUGGGCCUUUUGGGUUUAAGUAAGAAAGCCAUACCCUUAAUCUCUUUUCUUAAAUAACUUUUGUUAAAUUUGAAGCAUUAAGUGUUGUUACACUCUUGAUUGGACUUUUUAGUCUGAGGCACAUAAAUUCAUUCAGAGAUCUUAACAGUAGGUGUGACAGUCAUCUUUGCUGCAGCAGUAGGUUUUAUGCAGCCUUUGGGUUAAAGGAUUUCUAAUUUUUAUCUUGUGAUUGAAAAGUUGUCUCAUACUACCCAGUAAAUACUUGAAAUUAUGAUUUCUUUGUUCUCUUCAUUUCUACCUGCAAACUGACCAGUUCCUUUCUGAGUUCAUCUCCUCUGUACAUUUUGCCAAAUGCAGCCAACAACAACAAAAUAAUUUAUUUUUUAAUAUUUUUUUUAGUAAAGAAUAGGUUAUCUGCCUUCCUGUUUAUCUCAAGGGAUAGUUUCACCUCUCUAUAAUAGCAGUUGCCUCUAUGUAAGUUAUUUCUUCCAUCCUCCAAUAGAAAUUUGCUGAAUGUCUACCAACUAAUCACUAAGCCAGUGUGUUAAAUAUUUUAGUUCUUUGGUCCUUUCAGAACAGGGAACCAAUUCCUGUUUCAGGAUGGGCUAGGCUGCCAUGAGGUAACAACUGCAAAAUCUUAAUAUUUCAGACAAUUUGUCUAUUGCACCUUGGCUAAGGACUGCGCUAGGUAAGGAGCUGUCAAACUACAGCCCACAGAUAAAAUGUCGUGUUUCUAAAUAAAAGUUUAUUGGAGUACAGUCUUGUCCAUUUAUGUGUUGUCUAUGGCUGCUUUUUCUCUACAGUGGUAGAGUUAGGUAGUUUCAGUAGAGUAGAUAUCCCACAAUACUUAAAAUAUUUACUUUGUGGCCCUUUAUAGAAAAAAGAUCACUGGUCCCUGCUCUAAAUUGUCCUCAUUCUGGACAAAGGCUGACAGAGCAGAUAGCAUCAAGGUUUGGCUGCUCACUUUGGGAAAUGAAAAAAGAAACUUGGGCAAGUAACUUGUAGGUCCUUACAGCCCUUGGCCACAUGAAAGUUGAAGAAGAAGUAUAAAUCAUCCCAUGUAUUGCAGAGGAAAACCAGAAAUAUUUGGAAGACAAAUGCUAUCUUUUAACAUAUCUCUCCAUUUAUAUAAUUUUUCAGUAUAUUUUUGCUUUUUUAUUGAGAUAAAACUUAAAAGUUUACAAGUAUAAGUGUAUACCUCAGUGGAUUUUUAUAUAUAUCCUUGAAUGCACUACCCAGAUCAAGGUAGAAAAUAUUUGUUGCCCCAGGAGGUACUUUAUACCUCCCAUACACAGAUAACUGAUAUUCUGACCUUUAUUGUCAUCAGUUUGUUUUGCCUGUUUGAAAAUUAUAUGUAAAUUGGAUGGUUAUAUGCAGUUUUUUGUUCAACAUUGUCUACAAGAGUAAUCUAUGUUGUAUGUAAAAGCAGUACGUGUUUUACCUGUGUGUAGCAUUCCAUUAUAUGACUGUAAUACAAUUUAUUCAGUCUAAUGUUGAUGGAAAUUUGGAUUGUUUCCAGUUUGUGGUCUUUAUGAAUAAAGUUGUUGUGAAAAUUUUUGUGUCUUUUAGUGAA